UCCUCUGACUUUUAGCACAGCUGGGUCAAUUCUUUAUACUCAAAUACCAUUUCUUUAGUCUCUUUCAGAGUACCAGAUCCACCACCCAUCUUUAUUCUCAACCAGAUGAAGUCGCCAAAACUCUGAAACCAUCAAAGCGGUCAAGCAGACGACUUUACAGAAACCCAGAACAGCAAAUAUGGAGAAGAAGCUUUCAGAUAUAGCUAUGGAAGGAAGCGUGAACAAGCUCAAUGAUCUGAUCCAAGAAGAUCCACUUGUACUUGACAGAGCUUUGGUUUCAUGCUUCUCUGAAACCCCACUUCACAUAGCUUCAAUGUUGGGCCACGUGGACUUGGUUAAAGAGCUGCUGAGUCGCAAGCCCGAGUUCGCCGCCGAGUUGGACUCGCGCGGGUCGACGCCGCUGCACCUGGCGGCGGGGAAGGGGCACGUGGAGGUUGUGAAGGAGCUGAUUUGGGCGGAUUCCGCGGCGUGUUUGGUGCGGAACCAGGAUGGGAUGACGGCGCUCCACGUGGCUGCGGUAAAGGGGAGAGCUGAGGUGGUGGGGGAGUUGGUCCGAGCCAGGACUGAGUCGACUCGGGCGUUGACGGAUAGAGGGGAGAGUGUGAUGCAUUUGUGUGUGGGGAGUAAUAGGUUGGAGGCUUUGAGGGUUUUGGUGGAGAGUGUUGGGAAAGAUGAUCAGCUAGUGAAUUUGAAGGAUGGGAAUGGUAACACCAUUCUGCAUAUUGCUGUGACCAAGAAGCAACUUGAGAUGAUUAAGUUUAUGCUGGCCAAUAUUGGAGUGAAUGUGAAUGUUUUGAAUGUGAAUGGCUCUACUGCACUGGACAUUCUACUGCAGAGUCCAAGAGAUUUGAAGGACAUGGAGAUUGAGGAUUGCCUUCGAGAUGCUGGGGCUCAGAGGGCAAAGGACAUGCGUUCAAUUGAGCAUGAAUGGGUUCCAAAGAAAGAACCUCAGAUAACAAGGCGUGUAACCUCUGUAGUGUCUUCUAGUGGUGGUGAAAGGACAUUAACAAGACGUGCAACUUCUGUAGUAUCCACGAGUGGUGAACGCCAGAUAUCAAGGCGCCUAGGCUCGACAGUGUCAUCGAAAGGGAGUGAUUCUAACAAACAGGUGGCAAAACAGGAGCCUACUGAGUGGCUUGGCAGGAAGAGAGAUUCAUUGAUGGUGGUGGCAUCACUCAUCGGAACUGUAGCAUUCCAAGCUGCAAUAACCCCACCUGGAGGUGUUUGGCAAGAUGACCGCCAAGUAGACGAUAAUGGUAACCCUGUUGAUGACCCUCAUACCGUAGGAACAUCUAUCAUGGCCACAAACAAUAGUAAAGAGUAUGGUGUGUUCAUGAUCUUCAACACAAUUUCCUUCCUUGCAUCCCUGAGCAUCAUUCUUCUUCUUGUUAGUGGACUGCCUAUAAAAAAGCGGAGGUGGAUGUGGAUACAGAUGAUCGUAAUCUGGAUUGCCACUACUACACAAGUCGCAACUUACUUCCUCUCGCUCCGUCACAUGUCCCCUAAGACUGUGGAACAUGUCUUGCGUCAGGUCUCAACAAUAUCUGUUUUGACAUGGUUGUGUUUGAUGUUGCUUGUCUUCAUAGGGAAUGUCAUUCGUUUGAAUUUAUGGGUUCUCAGGAAGUAUGGUUAUCUUAAGCCAAAAGAGGGAGACCCAUCAGCUACAAUUGAUGAAGAACUUGAAGAGGUGUGAUGAAUGGAUUACAGGAAGCAGUCAUUGUAGUCUUCUUGGUUUCUUAAGGUUUUGGUCAUGGAAGUCUUUGACACUGGAUUUGUUAGUGUUACAACAAUACAACACCUGUAGUAGUCUCUGCUCAAGUUUUGUGUGUCAAAGUAGUUUUUCAGAAAGUUUUGCAGCAGAGGCUUGCCAAGUGUUGAGACUUGAGAUUCAACGUUUGGAGAUCUGGAUUUUAGCUGCAAGCAAACCUGGCUGAAGAUGUUGAAGUCAUAUUCUCUGCAAAAAAGUAUAUUGUAUUAUUCAUGUGAAUUGUUUCUUAUCUUCAAUGAGUGCCAUAUUUCUAAAUAACAAAGGAAAUAUACUUGAUUUC